AUGAAGUUCUUAGUUGGAGCCCACAAAUCUUUUCUUGUUAUGCUUAUUUUUAUGGUCUUCAUGGUUGGUGAAAGCCUCCGACCUCAUCAUUAUACCAAGUCCAGCUAUCGCAAGGAAGGUGCUUCAGACGGGGAUGAAGGUCAUGAUUUCCCCAAGGAAGGAGCAAGAGAAGAGCUUGGAAUGGAGUUCUAUCCUACAGGAUCAAGCUUGCCAGAUUGCUCUCAUGCCUGUGGACCUUGCUCUCCAUGCAAGAGGGUGAUGGUGAGUUUCAAGUGCUCCGUAGCAGAAUCUUGCCCUAUUGUUUACAGGUGCAUGUGUAACGGGAAAUACUACCCCGUGCCUUCUGCUUGA